GUUGAUAUUAUGUUGAAUCAAGAUGGCGACUUAUUGUCGAAAGAAAUGAGAAUAUGUGAAAUAAAUUCAACAGAAUGAAGACAGGAAUGAUUAAGUACAGAGAUUAUUGGUGAGGAGUUGAACCAUGCUGGAGUUUAUGAAUUGCCAUACUUUAGUAUGCUGGUUAUUUGUUAUUUGGAAUAUUACAAAUCAAUAUCAUGUUAUAGUUCAAGGCCAGAUAAUUACCACUCAAACAUCAGAGAAUGCCAGUAGUAUCCCCAGCUCAUCCCCUACCCCCUCUCCAACAACCCCUACUCCACAAAAAGUCACCACCCAAGCUGUCACCACCACUAAGCCAGUACCUGAACCAGUGAUCCCACUAAACAUUGCCUAUGGACAGGUGGGGCAAAAUGCUUCUGUGCCUUGUUUCAUUGAUGCAUUGGCCAUGUUCCCAGACAAGAUGUUGUCCACCACAUGGAAGAAAAAUCAGAUGUUUAUAGCUAAUGCUGCCAUGGGUGUGGAUGGUAAAUUGUCCCUGACAUAUUUGGACGAGGAGCUUAAGAAGAAAUUCCAGAUAGAGGAAGACUAUAGCUUGGUGGUGACAGAGCUGGAAAUGAAGGAUUCUUCUAAUUUUACCUGCACUGUCAUCAAGUUUCAGACAGACCAGCGAUUGGUGCAGGAUGUCAUUUACACCAAUGUCACCUAUCUUCUGGUUCAAGAUGUGCCUUCUCCUCCAGGACGCCCUAAUAUCUUAGAGAAAUCCUCCCGAACAGCCAAAAUCAGCUGGGCCCCUAGUCUGGCUGAGAACAACAGUCCCAUAAUGCACUAUUCUGUCAAUGUCAUGAAUAAUGUGGGUAUCAAAGUAAAACAAGUUUCAGUGUUUACCAAUGAAAAUCCUUCUGCUGUGUUAACUGGUCUUCAGCCCUACACAGCUUACCAAAUCACUGUUUCUGCUGUCAACAAAAUUGGCACCAGUUUAGAAAGUCAGCCUAGUGAUAUUUUCUACACUGACUCUGAGGUUCCUGAGGCUGCACCACAGCACCUGGUGGCCACAAGUAACAUCAGUAGCAGAAUACAUCUCUCCUGGGACCCCCCACCCAAAGACAAGUGCCAUGGUAACUUAGAGGGAUACAGAAUACAAUAUACUUCACAAAGAGAUUUGAUAAACAGAGUCAUCACAUUGGAGGAUCCAAAGAAAACUAAAAUCACCCUGUUUGGACUACAACCAUUUGAGGAAUAUGAAGUGGCUGUGUUAGCCUUUAACAAUGUUGGGGAAGGACCAGCUGUCAAAAAGCUCAUACGCACUGCUGAAGGAAUUCCAGGUAAACCUCUGAUGAUCCACACAAACACACAGCCUAUGUCCACAUCAUUCUUUGUCAAGUGGCUGGCUCCAGAUCGUGUAAAUGGAUUCAUCCGGAGUUACGAGCUUCGCUGGCAGCACGACAACAUCACCAAGACUAAGGUCAUUUCCAAGUAUCUCAAUAACCCCAUGCAGGAGCAGGUCACCAACUUAAAGCCAUUUACCCAGUACAGAGUACAAGUAAGGGCCAUAACUGGUGGAGGAAAAGGAGAGUUCAGUGAUGUCUAUCCAGUGUACACAGAUGUUGCUGGUCCAAGCCCACCAGAAAUAACCAACUUGACAGUGCUGGGAUCCCGCAGUAUCUAUCUGUCAUGGGAGGCUCCCAAACAUUUCUAUCGAACAAUAGACCACUACUACAUACAGAUCAUAGACACCUCUUCUCACCUCCAACAAAGAAGAGCUCUGGAAAAUAAUGAAAGAGAGACUAUAGUCACUGGAUUACCAACCAACACUGAGUACUCCCUAAAAAUAGCCGGAGUGACUAAAAGUCUGCACUCCAACAUGCACUACAUUGGAGAGUUCUCUACACCCUGGACAUUCAGUCUCUCAGAAAUGAAAGAAGUGCAGAAAUAUUCACCAGGAAAUCAUUCCAUUGUCAAUUUUACUUCUUUUCCCACUCGCCCACCACCUGAAAAUCAAGAACCCAUUAUGGAAGACCCUACAGCAGUGAGCCAGGCGGAUGCUGAAGUGGUGAAUGCUGGGAUAGUAGCAGGGGUUGUCUGUACGAUCAUCUUCAUACUACUCGCAGUGCUAGGCUUUAUUGGAUGCAGGUCUCUGACCUGUCGUAAGUACUAUCAGGCUGCCUACAAUUAUCUGGCUGUUCCAACAAAUAACAACUCUCCCCCCUCAACAGUCAUUGUAGUGCCUGAUCAAGCAGAUGAAAAAUCUUUCAAUGCCCUAAAAGAAGACAUAGAAUUGAAAUUCCCCACGGUGAGGAAGGAGAACUUUCUGCAGCAUGUCCAGUCCCUGCAUGCUGACAGUGAUGUAGGGUUUUCACAUGAGUUUGAGGAAAUUAAUAAGCUGACAUCAAUCACACCCAAGGCAGAUGUUGGAGCUCACCCUGAAAACAAACAGAAAAACAGAUACGUCAACAUUCAGGCCUAUGACCAUUCUAGAGUUGUACUUCAGAAAUCCAUGCAAGUUCGACAGAGACAGUCGGACUUCAUUAAUGCCAACUAUAUUGAUGGUUAUAAGAAGCCCAGGGCUUACAUAGCCACACAAGGCCCGAUGCCCAACACCUUUGCAGAUUUCUGGCGAAUGGUUUGGGAGCAGAACUCUGUUGUCAUAGUAAUGAUCACAAAGCUGGUAGAAAGAACAAGGAGAAAAUGUGAUCAAUACUGGCCAGAGGAUGGAAUAGAGACGUACGGCUGUAUACAAGUCAAACACGUCAACACCUUCUCUAGAGCUCAUUAUACUGUUAGAAUAUUCUCACUGAAAAACGUCAAGCUUAAAAAGCAAUUUUCCGAGAGAAUAGUUCACCAGUUCCAUUAUACAGAAUGGCCAGACCAUGGAGUGCCAGAUUUUACACUCCCUGUUUUAAAAUUUGUACAGAAAUCUGCAGCCUUGAACCCUAUAAAGGCUGGCCCCAUAGUGGUCCACUGCAGUGCUGGUGUAGGGAGAACUGGAACCUAUAUUUUAAUUGACAGCAUGAUUGAACAAAUCAAAGACCUUGGCACAAUUAAUAUACCUGCCUUCUUAUUAAAAAUCCGGCAACAGAGGAACUUCCUUGUGCAGACAGAGGAUCAGUACAUGCUGAUUCAUGAUGCUCUAGUGGAGUACCUCCUCUGUCCUACCACAGAAAUCAAACAAUCCGACGUAAAAGUCUAUACAGAGAAGCUGGCAGAAACUCCACUGGACAUAAUGCCCUCAUUGCUACAAAAUAUAUUCCUUAUUGUCACAGCCUACAAACCCAAAGACUCUGACAAGUCUCUAGCUCUGGCCCCUUUGGCCCUGGAGAAAAACAGGAAUGCCAACUUCAUUCCUCUCUACCCUAAACGGGUGAAGUUACCUUUCCUGCCCGGUGUGGAGGGAUCAGACUACAUUAACGCAACAUAUUUACAGGGUUAUAACCACACAGAUGAGUUUAUUUUGACUCAGCACCCUCUGGAGUCGACAGUGGGGGAUUUCUGGAGGAUGGUAUGGGACAACAACAGCUCCGUCAUAGUCCUUCUCUCCAGGGUCAAUGAAGAGGAAUUCAAGAAGUUUUGGCCAGAUGAAACAGACAUGGUAGGAAUGGAUACUGCCAACUUCAAACUGGUUUAUCAAGAGUCUGAGGAAGGCAGUAACUACACUGUCCUCACAUUUCUACUGGAAUCUACACAGGAUGACUAUGUGCUGAUGACCCGCAUCAUCUACUGUCCUGAUUGGCCCCCAGCUGACCUUCCAGAACACAAAGCAUUUGAUCUUGUUGAAAGGGUCAAAGAACUGCAGGCCCUGAAGGAUGGAGGACCAAUCAUUGUAGUGGACAGGUUUGGUGGUGUAGAAGGAGCUCGAUUCUGUAUCCUCUCCUCGCUGUUAGACCAGCUGAAUCAUGAUAAGACAAUCGAUGUGUACCAUCUCUGUAAACUUUACCACAAGAAGAGACCGGGCAUCAUUGGGAGUCCCGAGGAUUACCUGUACAUAUUCCUUGCCAUGAACAGCUUCAUUCAAGAACAGUAUGAUAAAGAGGCUGCCUCUCUUUCACAUCACCUACAUUUACGAUCUUCCUCUGCCAAGAAAAAUGGCACUUUGCCACGUAGCCCUACGCUUCAGGCUAAAGUUGAGACUACAAUCUGAGAGCUGUCCAAUAAAAAUGUUUAAAUCUAGUUAUAUGGUGAUUAAAAAAAACCCACAUGAAAAAGAAAAUCCUUGAGCUUGCUGAUAUUGUAUGUUGUAAAUUUAGUUCAUAUACCAAACAUGUCAGAAAAAACAAUUCAUGAAAUCUUUGUCAUUUUAAUGAUGCUUCUGUAGAAACUACCAUUUAUGCGUAUUUUCUAAUAUCCAAGUAUUGGAAAGCUACAUUCAUCCAUGUUUGAAUUAUUAAAGUGCCAAUGUCAUCUAUUGUGAGUUUCCACUCUGUGUAUGUGUG